CCCUGUGAUGAGUAAAAGACAUUUGGAGCCUCCACUAAUUGCUGCUGGUAACUGCUUACUCAUAAGUAGUAGCCUUCUCCCCUCCCCUUUUUUGCCUAGUCACUUUUGUUUCAAGAUGGGUGUGACUUUUGAUUCCGCUCCCCUCCCUGUUGUGUCACUCCUUCAGUUACUUUGAAUUGGAAUAAAAACUGCAGCAAACUUCCGACGCUGCCUCUCCGUGCAGACUUAACAAGACCUGGGACCUUUUUUCUCCUUCCUUUUGCUUCCUGCCCCUCCUUUGUGCAGGCAGGGAGAGAGGAGCUCCUUGACUUUUACACAUUAACUCGAAGAGAGGAAACAAUGGCCAAGAUCUGGUUGGGUGCAGCUGUUGGAUUUUACUUGUUGCAGCUUUCUUUAGCCCGGAUAGAUUUGAAUAUAAGUUGCAGAUAUGCAGGUGUUUUCCAUGUUGAGAAAAACCGCCGUUAUAGCCUUUCAAGAGAAGAGGCCAUUGAGCUUUGUAAAGCUCUCAACAGCACCCUUCCAACAUGGGACCAGAUGCAGAAAGCUUAUGACCAAGGAUUUGAAACCUGCAGAUAUGGUUAUAUAGAAGAAAAAAUUGUAGUUCCUCGACACACCCCUUAUGCACUCUGUGCAGCAAACCACACUGGGAUAUACGUACUUUCAUCAAAUAUAUCCGACAAAUAUGAUACAUAUUGCUUCAAUUCAUCAGAAUCAAGGGACAUAGUUUGUGACCCCGUCAUAAAGUUAUACUCCAUUUGGCCUGAUGAAGAUAGCAAAAUAGAAAUAUACAAUCCUGAUGGAUCACACUAUAUUGAUGGAGAGAGAUUCACAAAACGGCCACCCAUUAAUGAAGAUGAAAAUACUGGCGGCAGUGGUUCUGCAAAUGACAGAUCAACGACAGAUCCCAAUGUUAUCAGUCCGGGUAUCUCGUCACGUUUUCCUCAUCAUACAGAUGAUGGUACUUUUACCUCAAAAGAGCCUUUUGCGGAGAAGGAUGAAGAUGCAACUGAUGUUCCAAAUACACAUGAUGGCCACCAUGAAGGAGGACAUUCUAAAGACCAGCAGCCCCAAAGUCCUAAUUUAGACUCACAUGAGAAGCAAGAAGAUCCAACAGAAGAAUACAAAACACCUGGACUCGAAGGGGAUAAGUAUGGCAGAAAAACUCAGCUUUCUCCUAGUAUCACUGGUGAAGUGUCAAACAAUGAGAAGCGCUCUGAAAACUCUACGCUAGUUCGACAGGUUCCUGAAGAAUUCCCUUCAUGGUGGCAGUCGGAGGAACACAAAGAAGUGCGCAACGCAACUUCCAGGAAGGAUAAGAGUUCUGAAGAACAUCGUGAUGUUUUUGAUGAUGAUGAUGGUGGCGAUGAUGAUGAUGGUGGCGAUGAUGAUCAUUAUGGAGAAGGGUCUGGGCACUUAAAUCCUGAAACCGUUCUUGAAUGGAACAGCAGUGGUGAUAACGAACCUCGGCCAUCAAAAACCACUGUGGUCUCCACCAAAGAUGUCAAGCAUGAUGACUCGGCCCAUGAUUCAUUUCUGCAUGGUGUACACUCUGAAAAAGACAGUGAAGUCAGAUAUUCAACAAAUGGCACAAGGGAGGAUGUGCUACCCCGAAUUGUUCCUCUAGGUGAUGAUGAACAUUAUUCAACAGCUACUGCUGGGUCCUCCAGUGAUGAUUUCUUCAAGCAGGAAGACUCAACUCAGAAUCCACUAGAUGGUGCUCUCUCUGGAUUAGAAACUGAAGACACAUUACCUACAACCACAGCUUCAGACGUAUUGCAUCCUGUGCUUGUUCCAUCAAGUGGAAGAGAAAGAACUCUGGAGGAAGAAUCUUCCCACCAUACAGUUCUAGCCUUCAAUGAAAGUGCUGAACGUGAAGAAUCACAUCAAGAUCAGUUAUCAGCAGUGGGCAAACCUGGGCGGAGAAGUGGUUCUGCCACAAACAGAACGAUCCUUGGUGUCCUAGAAACACUUAUUCCUCAAAGUGAGAAGCUUCAUGACAAUGAAUCUUCUCAGACAGCAGAUAAUGGGAUGAAAGUUGAAGAAUCCACUCAAGGCCCACCAUCUCAUGGCAUAUAUCCUGAAUGGUCCAAUGAAGAAAGAUACCCCACAAACUCAUCCAGCAAAGAGACACUACCUGAAAUUAUUCAUCCAAGUGAAAAUGAGCAAAAAAAUGAAUCCAUUUAUACAGCAGUAGUCUCCAGUGAUAGCACUGACUAUGAAGAUUCCGGUCGGGAUACAAUGUUGCACAGUGAGCAUUCUGGACAGGAUAAUGAAGAAAAACAUCUCACAAACACAUCUGGAAAUCAUUUGCUGCCUGGAAUUCUUCAUGCAGCUGAAAGUGAGCAUGAAAAUGAACGUUCAGACACAGCUGUUGCCUCCAGUGAUAAUGGCAAGCAGGAAGACACCACACAAAAACCACAUGCAAUGCAUCCUGGGUGGGAAAGUGAAGAUGAAGAUACCACAAACACAACUAUGGAUAAUAUCCCACCUAUAAUUACUCUUUCAAGUGAAGGAAAGCAUGAAAAGGAGACGCAUCAUACAGCUGUGGUCUCUGAUGGUGGUAGUGACCAUGAAUAUUCUACUCAAGAUGCACAUCCUGGCCAGAACAAUGAACACAGGCAUCCUUCAAACACGUCAACAGAUUAUUUUGUACCUGGAAUUAUUUCUUCAGUUGAAUACGUGCAUGGAAAUGAAACUUCACAUAUAGCUGUGGGUUCCAGUGAUGAUAUCAAACAUGAAGUUGCUACUCGUGAUCCAACGGUACAUGAUAUACAUAAUGAAUCGGGUAGAGAAGAUGAUUAUUCUACAAACAGCACAAAGGAUGAAGUACCCAUAGAAGUUAUUCCUCCAGCUGGAAACAAUAACAUAGAUAAUUUCUAUCAUACAGCUGUCAUACACAACGAUCAUGAAGACUCAACUCAACAACCAUUACCUCCCAUUCAUCAGCCAGGCUGGGAUGCUGAAGAAAUAUAUCCCACAAAUACUUCUAGAGAUGGUAUACCGAUGGGAGUUGAUUCAGAUAGUGAAAGCAAACAAACAGAUGUGGCCAAAGAAGAUUCAACCCCAGAACCAGUGAGGCAAUGGGGUCAUGAAGACAAAUACACGACGAAAUCAACAGCAGAUGUCUUAGUUCCUGGAAUUGUUCCUCGAAGAGGAAUAAGUCAAAAAAAUAAUACUGAUCAUACAGCAGUAGUCUCAAAGGAUGGAACCAAAACUGAAGAAUCAACACAAGAUCCACAGUUACAUGGAUUGCGUCCUGAAUGGAGCACUGAAGAUGAGCCUCUUGUAAAUGGCACUCAAGAUUAUGUAUUACCUGGAGUUUUUCCUGAAAUUGACAGUGGUUCUGACAGACACCCAUCAUCGCCUACUGCCAGUGAUAACCCAAAUGACCCGAAGGGGUCCGGAAGAGGGACACACAUUGACCAGACAGGGGAAUCGCCAAAAAGCGAGCCACGAAUGGCUAUCAUACCAGAUUGGCUUAUUGUAGUUGCUUCUCUCUUGGCACUGGCAUUGAUACUUGGUGUUUGCAUUGCUGUGAACAGUCGAAGGAGAUGUGGGCAGAAGCAAAAACUUAUUAUCAACAAUGGCAAAGGAGGCAUAAAUGAGAAAAACAAGGGUGGAUUGAAUGGAGAAGCCAGUAGAUCUCGGGAAAUGGUUCAUUUGGUGCAUGAUGAGAAGCCAGAAAACCAAACAGAUGAAUUCCAGGCAAUUGAUGAAACGCAGAACCAACAAGAAGUGGCCUUGAAGAGUGGCGUGUAAGAGAGCUGCGCCAAUCCAAUUUCAUCAGAGGUGAAGAAGCAAAAAAACAAUGCACGGAACUGGGACUAGAACUCACAAAUGCAAUGAGCUACUGAUGUCUUUGAAGCAUAAUUAAGCAUACAUUUUCUUCUUUCUCUAUUUUUAAUGGUCAGGUACAAGAUAAAAAUGUCGUGUUUCCUCUGCUCAAGAUUGCUUAAUUUUGCCCAGUUCAGAUGGGCGACCACCAACAUCACCCGUCUCCCAAUUGUGGUCUACUGUUUGAUAAGGCAGAAUACCAACUUCAACUUAUUUCCCCUAACUUGUGCAGCUUUCCCCUCAUUAUAUUGUAAUGGAGUCACCAGGAUCUCUAGCCAGUGCCUUUAAGGCAUUAAUCUUGAGGCCUAGAACGUCAAUAUUAAUUGCAAUGGGAGACUUCAGAACAGAAUUCUUAUUUGUCACUUAGCCCUGAAGGAUUUGUCAUCUUUUUGAAUCUCACUCACUUGAUAGAUAUUUGGAAUUGUGUGCUGAAGUAAUUGAAUACAGAAAGACAAAUUUAUCCAAAAAUUCCAGGAAUGUCCAGUAACAAUUUUUAAUAGGGUGGAAAGGCGAGUAAGAAUAAAAUUGAUUUUAUAGCAAAUAAAUUUUUAUUCUCUAUAAUCUAAA